UAAAGGAGUAGAGAUAUAUAACUCAUUUAAUUUAGAUACAAAACAAACCUUCGAUGAGGUCCUAAAGAAAUUCAAUUCUUAUUUCAUCCCAAAAGUUAAUAUUACCAUGCAGCGCCACAAAUUCUUCACGAGGGCACAAGGACCUACCGAGUCAUUUGAUGAAUUUCUUACUGACCUUCAAAAUAAAAGCAUGACAUGCAACUUUAGUGAUAAGAGGGAAGAACUCGUGCGGGAUGUCAUAGUAAUAGGAUUAGCCAAUUCCGCUAUGAAGGAGAGGCUACUGCGCACGGAAGAUCUAACCCUCCAAAAGGCAAUCACUAUGUGCAGAGCGGCCGAAUUAUCCCAAAAACAAGUCGCAGAACUAACGAACGAGAUACCUGCAACCUCCGUGCUCAACGUCAGCUCAACGCCGAUUCACGACGUCAAACACGUCAAUCCUGUCAACACGUCAAGAACAAGAAGCAUCAAGAUGAGAAAAUGCUAUCGUUGUGGCAAUAACUGGGAUCGUACUCAUCAAUGCCCAGCCAUGGGUUGCAAAUGCCAAAAGUGUGGCAUCCCUAAUCACUUUGCAAAAGUCUGCAGGAACAGACAAGUUGCAGCGAUAGUGCAACAACCAAGUGAGGACGUCGACAUGGACAGCGAGGAGACUUACUUCGUAGGCUGCAUCAAUAGCGAGUGUGAAUGAAAAUGCAAUUCCCAGAGCCGAUCCACCUCGUCGGGUCCCUAUAGCACUAAGACAAAACCUUAAAGAAGAGUUGGAAAAUAUGGUGAGACAACAAAUAAUUACCAAAAAUGAGGAUCCGAUGGAGUGGGUCAACUCUACUGUUGUAACCAAAAAGAAGAACAAUAAAAUUCGCGUAUGUAUUGAUCCCCGGUAUUUAAAUAAGUUUAUUAUAAGAACGCAUAAACAGUUGCCAACUGUCGAUGACAUACUAGAUAAGUUAUCAGGAUCUAAGUAUUUUUCCAAAUUCGACUGUAGCAGUGGAUUUUGGACCGUACAGCUUGACCCGGAGAGUUCAAAGUUGUGCA